AUGAACAAUCUCGAUCUCUAUCAUCCAUCAUCCUUCCAUGGAACCACAAUUCAUGAUGUUCACCAGAGCGCACGUAGCAAUUCCUUUCAUCAUGGUUCUAAUCAUCUACAUCACAAUAACAACAGCAAUGUUGCCAGUAAUACGGGUGCUGCAAGUAGUGGCAACCAUCAAAAUACCACAACUGCCAACACCAAUAUCGUAUUCUUGAGCUCUACUAACCCGAAUACCAAUGCAAUGGAACAAAAGGACGUCGUAGUUCAACAUGGUGCUGCUACUGUUGCUACUAGUAAUGUUGGCAAUAACAAUAUCCACUCGAAUGUUCUCAUGUCGAGUUGGGAUCAGCCUCAACACUCGGUGAGCGCUGGGAGUGGAAUUUCCUCAGGCAAUAACCAUAAUUCGAGUAGCACUUCAAUAUCUUCGCAAGGUGCUGUUUCCUUUUUCCGACAUUUGGUUCAUGAUAAAUUGUUAACCUAUUUAGCAAAAAGUCAUUCCAAUGGUAGAAUUCAGGGAUGGAAGUGGAAUGUAUUGUAUGGAUUUCUUCACUUGUAUUAUUUGUAUGCGAGUGUUGUUCUGGCCUUAAUUUCCACGUAUGGAAAUUCAUACGAUUUUUCAUCCAGCCUUCCCUCUCCCUAUGGAUAUUAUGCAGGAUGGCUGUUUCGUGCUCUCACCUAUCCCAUCACCUUCUCCUUAGAUGAUAUUCAUGUUCCGUAUGAAUUAUUGAUCGUUCUCGCUGUGAUCAUGAUGCUUAUUGUACUUGUAUUACCAAUGUUAGUCGUAUGGAGUGCGACAAGAUUAUUCGGAAAGAGUCAAACCAAUCUCAAACGUUAUGCCUACACGUUGGCAUUGGCUGUCUUGAUGAUGGCUCCACUUCUCACCUUUAUACUGACCAGUUUUUUCGAUUGUAACCUCUCUCAUGCCGUGAAUUUGGACAAUGAAACGGUCUAUGUGUUGAAUCGAGUUCCUACCAUUCCUUGUUACGCCUCCGAUAAUAUUAUUUUGUUAGUAUUAAGUUUUUUAGGGUUAUUUGCGUUGCAGAUGAUCAUGGCACUUGCUACGUACAUUUUGCCCAUGACCAAUGGCUCGAGCAGCAUACCAUUUGUGUGUGAGAGUAACAAGCCGACAUUGGUUACAUUUUUUAGCUCCAUUUCAUUGAGAAUGACUUUGGCCCACGUCAUUCCACCAAACUACAUGUUUGGAAGAGCCAUUAUUCACAUGAUAUUCUCGUUACUGUAUGUCAUUGGGUUUGCUCGAUCUGCCCCUUUUUUUAGAAGGGUGGAAAAUUCCUUCUAUAUUGCCAUGAUGUCAGCGUCAUUGGGAUCGAGUACUGCCGUGUUAAUUUCAUCUCUUGUCAAUCCUACGAGUAAUAACGAAUUGGGGCUCUAUAUGAUGGCACUAACCGUGGCAUUGCCUUUGCUGUUGUUCAUUAUUUCAUUUGCUUGUUCUGAAAUAUUAUGGAUGGUUAGUUGCAACAAAAUUAGACAAAUAUUUAAAUCGAGAAAUGCAAAUCAUCAGGUAUCGUCUAUUGAGUCUGAAGAAAUUCAAAGCAUUGUGGAGAAGGAAGGAAACGCGAUUUAUUCUCAGAUAGAACAGUAUUCGAUCAGGAGUUUGCAACUUUAUUUACGAUUUUCUGUAAAAUCGAAUGCAGAUGUGACACUGGCUCUUCCUUUCAUUAAGGCUGUCCAAAAACAUCUUCAGUCACCAAACAUGCUGCUCUCAUCAGCCUUAAUUGUUGCUUAUCAUUGGAACGAUAGCGCCCGAUAUACUUUUGCAAUUUACUUGCUGAAACGGGCUUUGAAACACUCGGAUAAUAUACUUGAAAAGUUAACCAUUAAGGAACGUAUACGAGAAUUAGAAAUGGAAAUGGGAGAGCUGGUUUAUCACAGUAAAUUCUCUUCGGAAGUCAAGCAAUUGCUUACAGAGCUUCAAACAAAGCAAGAACAGAUCAAGAGUGCUCAUAGACUGUUUUGGAAAGAAAUGACGAAUGAAGUACCUAACGAAGAUAAUUUGUAUCAUAUCAACUCAAAAAUUAGUGAAUGGACAAGAUACUGUGACUCCACCUUUUAUCAUCUCAUGCGAAAUUGCUCAACUGAUAAAACAGUUUUGAGACGAUAUGCAGGAUAUUUGGAGAAUGUUAAAUUUGAUAUUGACUUUGCAAACAAGCUUUACGAAGACGCGUCACAUUUGGAAGAAGAAGAGGCAAAAAAUAUCAAGGGACAGUCACAAGUGUUUUGGGGAGCUCAAAAUCGACAUUCAUCGAUGGUGAGAUUUAGAAAUAGAGUUGCUCCUGCUUCUCAAUCCUUACAAUCUCCAACCUCCAAUAACCUAAGAAUAACCGCUAACCCUCCCUCGCAACAAGAGAUGAUGGAACAAGAUUUGCUAGAUGAUAAUUUUAAUGGAGUAGAUGAACCUCAUCCACUUGACAAGAGAACUGCCUUGAUUAGAAACUCAUUGAAUACUCCUCAAAUAAGCCAUACACGACUUUUUGGAUUUUUGAGCUUGUCACUAGUUUCUGUUGUGCUCAUGGUUGUUGGCUUAAUUCUUGGAAUUUAUUAUGGGAAUGAUGUUUCGAGAACACCCAUUGUCAAGUCGAGUUGCCUUGUCGAAACUGCAUCGGGAGCUUACUUGAGAGAAUUAAGAAUGAGACAAAUUGUGACUCAACUCUUUACAAAAAUGCAAAUUCCUCUUCCAACUGCGAAUACGACCGAACGAGCUCUUAUGAAUGCGUAUUUUGAAAAAUACAACUCCAAAUUCGAGGUUCAACGAAAUUUACUCAAAGACUUGGAAAGAAAUUCCCAAUCAGGAGUUUUCACACUGAGCAUGUAUCAAGAUUACACAGUUGAAGAUAAAAUGAUUGUUGUUCCAGUUUCAGCAGACAACUCAUCUGUUGUGGAGUACACUUCAACAUUUAGCAAACUUUCCUCUAUUCGAGAAAUUACACAAGAACUUAUUCAACAUGCCAAUGUUAUUUUAGCGCACGACAAUUCCUAUCAAUAUAAUACAACCACAACAAACUAUCAGUUCAUGUACAUAUUUCUAAAUAGAAAAUAUGCAGCAGACGCAUACUAUAACUAUUGCCAAGUUUUUCAGAAAAGCCAAAGAGGUUACGCUGAUUACGUCAACAAUAUGCUCACACAAUACUUUCUAAUUUCAACACUUAUUUUUGCAUUGAUGUAUGCAGGGUUUCUAAUCAUCUCACGAAUUGAAAUGCAGAAGGCAUCCAGAAUUCUAUCAAUUUUUAGAAGAAUUCCUAAAGAUAUUGUUGGUGUUGUGUUUCAGGGUCUUGAGAAGAGUGGUAAUCAUGAAGAGCUUCGAGAAUUGAAAAAGAAAACCAUUCUUUCUUCGAAAAAUUAUGGGUUAAUCAUUGGAGCUCUGUUUUUGAUAGUAUUUGCAAUAUCUAUUGCGUUGAUUUACGUAGAAAUUAAUACUAAUGUAAGAAGAUCCUACGAUGCUAUGGUGAAUAUUGAACUUGCUUCAUUGUUGAUUCGAACGACGAACCGAAUCACUCUCCGACUUAAUGAAAUGUAUACUUUUUUCUGUUUCAAGCCCGGAGAACCAAUCAAUCAUUCCGUUCUUGUAACAAAAACUUUGAUGAACCAGUACAGAUCAGAAGUCAGAACACUGAUCAGUUCUGUUCAAUCACUAUAUAAUCAAGUAAUUUUUGGUACAAAUAUUAGUCGACCAAUCAUUGGUACUUAUCCAAAGAUUGAUCAACUCAUUCAAGGAGUUGGAAAUUGUUCUGGUUCCACGUCAUGUCAAACCUUACAAGAAUUAAUAUCGUCAUAUACCAUUAAUAGUGGUCGAAUAUCAGAAGAGUUUUUCAAUGCCAAGUAUACUUCACAGCAAAUGAGCGUAUUUUUUGACAUUUUGAACAUGUUUAACAUGAACGAUGAAGUAUUCACUCGAUUAGUUCAGCUACUGGAAUAUCUUGUUGGAUAUACUUCUCAUCCAUCCAAAGUAAUCACGAUUUGCUUUUUCUUUGUAGGAUUAAUGACUGCAUGUAUUUGCAACUAUUUCAUUUACAAAUCAUAUGACGCCUAUGAUGGACACAUUUCUAGCAUUCGAUCACUACUUAAUUAUUUACCUAUUGAUUACAUUGAAUCGAACGAAGAUGUGAAAAAUUUCACAUAUUACAACAGUGUUCCGUUAUUCUACACUAAAAAUAAGCUAAAAGGAAAUAAUGCAAUUACUAAUCUAUUAGACUCCAUGGUUGACGGUGCCAUACUUUCCAAUUCCCAAGGAGAAAUUUUACUUUUUAACCAUGCUGCUCAAAAUUUAUUGGGAAAAGCACCUGCAGAAGUUGUUGGGCUAAAGGUAUUCACAUUAUUUGACCCCUCUCAUGAAAACAGUUUGAAAGAUAUUAUCAAUAACCAUAAAAAGUAUUUAUUGGGUCAUGACUCCAAACGUGGGGAGGUUCUAGAAUUGGACUGUGUACGAAAGAACAUGUCAAGAUUCCCAGUCAAGGCAAAUAUUUUUGUGACAAGGGAUGCAGAUAUGAAUGCUGUGAUUGUUUGUUUUAUUAAGGACAUUACCUCAGAGAGAAAACAACACAUUCUCUUACAAGAGGAGAAGAAAAACUCUGAAAAUUUAUUGAGAAAUAUUUUACCAGAUAUUGUGGCUUCAAGAUUGAAAGGAGGAGAGACUUUUAUUGCCGAAAAGUUACCUGACAUUACAGUAUUUUUCUCUGACAUGGUUGGUUUUACCAAGAUUAGUAGUCAGCUGAAUCCAACAGAGCUCGUACAAAUGUUGAACGAGAUUGUCAUUGGAUUUGAUCACCUCACAGAUAUUUACAAGUUGGAGAAAAUUAAGACAAUUGGAGAUGCUUAUUUCUGUGUUGGUGGUCUUAAUGAUUCACAAACAACAUGUGAUACCCCUCAUCCAGAGCGAGUAUUGAAAUUUGCCAUCGAAACGUUCGAUGUCAUUCUGAGUUUCAAUGAAAAAAAUCCUGAGCGAUUAGUCAACAUCAGAGUUGGUAUCAACACAGGUCAAUGUGUCGCAGGAGUCAUUGGAAGAAAGAAAUUUGCAUUCGAUUUAUGGGGCGAUACCAUAAAUGUUGGCUCUCGAAUGGAAUCGUCCUCAUUGCCAGGUCGUAUCCAUUGUUCACGUUCUAGCUAUGAACGAGUUUAUGAUUUGGGAUAUGAAUUUGAAGAACGUUUUGUGGAAGUCAAAGGUAAAGGAAGCUUACAGACAUAUUUGUUAAAAGAGAAGCACCACAAAAAUCCAACACAACUCACGAAUUCACUCAUGGUACAGCAUGAACCAGAAAGAACUGACUAA